CUGAAGAAAGACUGCUAGUUUCAAGAACUAUGAGGUAUCCUACCACGGUGGUGUUCAGAACACAGUACUAAUACUGUCUUACAUUUCUUAUGGAAUUGUCUACAUUUUCAACAGCAACUGAAGUUAUGGAUAACUGGGAUAUUCAAGGCUCAAAGAUGAUUAUUGAAGGGGACGACCUUCUUACUAUUUUCAACACCACUGAUUAUUAUAAUUAUAGUUAUAAUGAAAGCACAACAUGUUGUGUUACCGCUCCAUGCAGCCCUUAUAUAAAACAGUCAUUUAACAGAGUGUUUCUUCCUAUUUUCUAUUCAUUCAUAUUUAUUUUGGGUCUAAUCGGCAAUGGAAUGGUGGUGGCCGUCCUUUUCAAAUACAAGCAGUCAAUGGCUGUAACAGAGAUCUACAUUCUUCAUUUAGCCAUUGCCGAUAUCCUGCUGAUAUUGACACUGCCGUUCUGGGCAGCCAAGAGUAUGUAUGGCUGGGUGUUUGGUACAGCAAUGUGCAAGCUCAUCGGUGCAAGUCUUAGAAUCAACUUCUACUGUGGAAUAUUUCUGCUGGCUUGUAUAAGUUUUGAACGAUAUCUUUCUAUAGUUCAUGCCAUACAAAUGUAUAACAAACGCAAAACUAUUUCAGUCACUGUAAGCUGCCUCUUGGUGUGGAGUCUGUGUCUCUACAUAACAAUUCCUGAUUUUAUACUGUUGGAAAGUAAAUUUGAUGACAGAAGCAACAGUUCUUUAUGCAUUCACAAUUAUGAUUUUCAAUCUGCUAAGUAUUGGAGAAUAGCCACACGUUUCUUCUAUCACAUUGUUGGAUUUUUUAUCCCCUUGCUUGUCAUGAUUUAUUGCUAUGCUUUAAUUAUCAGAACUCUACGUCAUUCACAUGGUUUUCAAAAGCAAAAAGCUAUACAUGUAAUUAUAGCUGUUGUAAUAGCAUUUUUCCUGUGCUGGAUGCCGUAUAACUUAAUACUAUUCAUUGACACUUUAUAUGAGUUUAAAUUUAUUAAACCGGACUGUGACACAGAAUCAGGAAUAGACAUCAGCCUAGCUGUAACCAUCUGUCUGGGCUAUUUUCACAGCUGCCUGAACCCUGUACUAUAUGCCUUUGUUAGUGUCAAGUUCAGAAACAAAUUUCUGGAGCUACUUAACAGUGUUGGUUGUCUCAGUCAAGAAUUUAUCAAGACUCACAUGAAGCCUUAUAGGGUAAGUUCAACUUGGUCAGAGACUGGAGAGACAUCAUAUUCAGGCCUUUAAAGAAAGUGCAGGCAGCAUGUUGUAUUAUGUAAGGACUAUGACUCAAAACAUGUACUGCUGUAAUCAUACUUCAGGAAUUUCAAAUACAAAUUCUUCAAACAUCAUCAAGGUGAGCUACAAGUUUGGAGCCUGUGCAUUUUAUUAGAUGAACCACUGAUGAGGAACAUAACAUGAAUAUCACAUGGUGAGAAUUCUGAGAACAGUUAUGCACAGUCAGUGUGCAAACAAAAGUCUGAUAUGGUCCAUGUAUUACAAUGGCAACAUGGCUGUCAGAAGGACAUUUUGGCAUGUGGUUUAUAGUUCAGACACAAGGAGUGACAUUUCACUUAGGGUAUAAAAUUAAAGCAGAAGAGAAGGUAAACUGUUAAUUCAGGCAUUGUUCAGUGGUGCUAUAAUUGAUUCACUUAAUAUUCCACACAUUGUAAAACUGCUUCCUUUCCACUGUUGCAAAGUGUUUAAUAUACUGUAGCUAUAAUUGUACAAUUUACAUAAUGUGAACAUCAAUAUGUUGUAUAGUGUUUCCUGUUUUGAAAACAUUGCAGUCGUUAUAAUAAUCAGACAUUUCUCACAUCAUGAAUUUAAGGUUUGUUACUGGACAUUGAUCAACAAGGUUUUCAGAAGCUCCAUCGCAAAAUAUACUCCCUCUAGAAGCAAUACUGUAAUAUUUGUGGUGCAUAUACAUGGAGCUUGUUAUCGGUAUUUGGUAGCCUCAAUAAGUUACAUUUUAAUCAAACUCAAUCUCACAGACAUAACUAAUCAGAUAUGACUGUUCAGCAAGCCUUGACAACUUAUCACAAGGUCAGUCUCACAGACAUAACUAAUCAGAUAUGAAUGCUCAGCAAGCUUUGACAACUUAUCACAAGGUCAGUCUCACAGACAUAACUAAUCAGAUAUGAAUGCUCAGCAAGCUUUGACAAUUUAUCACAAGGUCAGGCUCACAGACAUAACUAAUGAGAUAUGAAUGCUCAGCAAGCUUUGAUAACUUAUCACAAGGUUUUAUGACCUCAAAGUUGUUUAAAUUAGUUAAGAGGGUGGACAGGGGUAACGACUAUUGCAUGGCAGGUGCACAGCAACUUUGCUUCCAUGUAAUAACAGCUUUCAGUAAAUAUGGGUUUAAUUAGUUAAACUAGAUUUGAAUGACUAACUCAUAUGGAAAGUAUUCAACAGAAAUAAAGCUCCUCUAUAAUUAAUGGAAAUAUGAAACAUGAAUUGCAGAUUUAAUAUUUAGCUAUAAAGAAUGUUUUGUAAGAAAUAAUACUGUAGAUUAUUUUGUGUGUGUUGCACUAUUCAGGAAUACGUGGAAAUAAAAAGCAGAAAGUUCCAUCGCUCA